AAGAAAAGUUAGAACAAAUUAAUGGUUCAUCCUUAGGAAGUGUCUUCAUAUUAAUGGUGUUUGGUGUAUUAGGCUUAUUUUGGUCAUCCUAUCUUUAAUUUUCCCUUUGCUUCAUUCUUUUUUCACCAAUUUAAAAAAUUUCUGUCACUUUUUCUGUCUUUUAUUUAGACAGAGUCUCACUUUGUCAUCCAGGCUGGAGUGCAGUGGUGUGAUCUCAGCUCACUGCAACCUUCACCUCCCGGUUCAAGCGAUUCUCUUGCUUCAGCCUCCCAAGUAGCUGGGAUUACAGGAACACGUCACCACACUCAGCUACUUUUUGUAUUUUUAGUAGAGACAGUGUUUCACUAUGUUGGCCAGGCUGGUCUUGAACUCCCGACCUCAAGUGAUCCACCCGCCUUGGCCUCCCAAAGUGCUGGGAUUGCAGGUGUGAGCCACUGCACCCAGCCUCUUUUUCUGUAUUAUUUGUGUUUUAAAAAACUUCUUUAUAUUCCUUUUUGUACAGUUUAGGGUGCAUAUGUUUCUCUCAUUGAAUCUAUGUCAGAUACCACCUUUCACUCUCUCUUCAAGGUUGUGUCUAUGUCCUUUUUACACUUGUGAUUGUUUCUCUGUUAUUUAAGAAUGAAACCUGAUUCCAAGAAUCCAAACCAUCAGAGUAGUUUGUGUUUUGCAUGGAACAUUAAAUAAAGAAGUGGUUGUUUUAUGUAAGGAAAACUGCUGAUCUAUUUGAUCACUUAACUGAGGAGACCAGGUGAGUUAAAAACGAGCCAAAUCAUUUGUUGAACUGAAUUACUAGUCGCUAGUAAGUUUCAUCAAAGCAAUCCAGUGAUAUGUUGUAUCUGUGACACAUCUUGACUAUAAAACUUGCCCUUGAGUUUAUUUUAUGAGAACAUCUUAUAUCAAGAACAGGUAGCAUAAAAAGCAGGGAGGAAUUUGUACUCAUUUAAUAUAAUUAAAUAAUGAGGGUUCCAAACAGUGUACUGAUUUCUAGAAAUCCUAAAGAACCAUUGUGAUAUCAGUGUAUAAAGAACAAAAAUUCUGAUGACAAACUUGUAGUGUGAAAAACAAAUUUACUGGACUACCCACUGUUUGUACUCAUUUAUUUUCUUCCUGAUAGUAAGUUGUAAAAUAAACAAACACUUUUUUCCAUUUACGUAUCAUAUGGUGCCAAUUCUCACUUAUCAUAUGGUGCCAAUUCUCAGAUAUGAGUCAUGAGACAUGUUUCUCACUUAAUGUUUUACACUAUUCUUUGUGGUAAAGUGUGGUUUCCAUUUUAAAUUACAUAUCUCAGAAUAAUAGGCAGCUCUGAAAGGGAUUGUAGAGACCAUCUAACAGUCUGGUUUGUAGAUGAGGAACCUGAGGUCUAGAGUGUUGAAAACCCAAGUCCCACAGCUGAUUACCAGAAGAGCUUAGCCUGGCACCCAACACUCCUGACGCCUAAUUCAGGUGUACUUCUCUGAAGUAAGAUGAUUUGUCAAAAAUUCUGUGUGGUUUUGUUACAUUGGGAAUUUAUUUAUGUGAUAACUGCAUUUAACUUGUCAUAUCCAAUUACUCCUUGGAGAUUUAAGUUGUCUUGCAUGCCACCAAAUUCAACCUAUGACUACUUCCUUUUGCCUGCUGGACUCUCAAAGAAUACUUCAAAUUCGAAUGGACGUUAUGAGACAGCUGUUGAACCUAAGUUUAAUUCAAGUGGUACUCUCUUUUCUAACUUAUCCAAAACAACUUUCCACUGUUGCUUUCGGAGUGAGCAAGAUAGAAACUGCUCCUUAUGUGCAGACAACAUUGAAGGAAAGACAUUUGUUUCAACAGUAAAUUCUUUAGUUUUUCAACGAAUAGAUGCAAACUGGAACAUACAGUGCUGGCUAAAAGGAGACUUAAAAUUAUUCAUCUGUUAUGUGGAGUCAUUAUUUAAGAAUCCAUUCAGGAAUUAUAACUAUAAGGUCCAUCUUUUAUAUGUUCUGCCUGAAGUGUUAGAAGAUUCACCUCUGGUUCCCCCAAAAGGCAGUUUUCAGAUGGUUCACUGCAAUUGCAGUGUUCAUGAAUGUUGUGAAUGUCUUGUGCCUGUGCCAACAGCCAAACUCAACGACACUCUCCUUAUGUGUUUGAAAAUCACAUCUGGUGGAGUAAUUUUCCAGUCACCUCUAAUGUCAGUUCAGCCCAUAAAUAUGGUGAAGCCUGAUCCACCAUUAGGUUUGCAUAUGGAAAUCACAGAUGAUGGUAAUUUAAAGAUUUCUUGGUCCAGCCCACCAUUGGUACCAUUUCCACUUCAAUAUCAAGUGAAAUAUUCAGAGAAUUCUACAACAGUUAUCAGAGAAGCUGACAAGAUUGUCUCAGCUACAUCCCUGCUGGUAGACAGUAUACUUCCUGGGUCUUCGUAUGAGGUUCAGGUGAGGGGCAAGAGACUGGAUGGCCCAGGAAUCUGGAGUGACUGGAGUACUCCUCAUGUCUUUACCACACAAGAUGUAAUAUACUUUCCACCUAAAAUUCUGACAAGUGUUGGGUCUAAUGUUUCUUUUCACUGCAUCUAUAAGAAUGAAAACAAGAUUGUUCCCUCAAAAGAGAUUGUUUGGUGGAUGAAUUUAGCUGAGAAAAUUCCUCAAAGCCAGUAUGAUGUUGUGAGUGAUCAUGUUAGCAAAGUUACUUUUUUCAAUCUGAAUGAAACCAAACCUCGAGGAAAGUUUACCUAUGAUGCAGUGUACUGCUGCAAUGAACAUGAAUGCCAUCAUCGCUAUGCUGAAUUAUAUGUGAUUGAUGUCAAUAUCAAUAUCUCAUGUGAAACUGAUGGGUACUUAACUAAAAUGACUUGCAGAUGGUCAACCGGUACAAUCCAGUCACUUGCGGAAAGCACUUUGCAAUUGAGGUAUCAUAGGAGCAGCCUUUACUGUUCUGAUAUUCCAUCUAUUCAUCCCAUAUCUGAGCCCAAAGAUUGCUAUUUGCAGAGUGAUGGUUUUUAUGAAUGCAUUUUCCAGCCAAUCUUCCUAUUAUCUGGCUACACAAUGUGGAUUAGGAUCAAUCACUCUCUAGGUUCACUUGACUCUCCACCAACAUGUGUCCUUCCUGAUUCUGUGGUGAAGCCACUGCCUCCAUCCAGUGUGAAAGCAGAAAUUACUAUAAACAUUGGAUUAUUGAAAAUAUCUUGGGAAAAGCCAGUCUUUCCAGAGAAUAACCUUCAAUUCCAGAUUCGCUAUGGUUUAAGUGGAAAAGAAGUACAAUGGAAGAUGUAUGAGGUUUAUGAUGCAAAAUCAAAAUCUGUCAGUCUCCCAGUUCCAGACUUGUGUGCAGUCUAUGCUGUUCAGGUGCGCUGUAAGAGGCUAGAUGGACUGGGAUAUUGGAGUAAUUGGAGCAAUCCAGCCUACACAGUUGUCAUGGAUAUAAAAGUUCCUAUGAGAGGACCUGAAUUUUGGAGAAUAAUUAAUGGAGAUACUAUGAAAAAGGAGAAAAAUGUCACUUUACUUUGGAAGCCCCUGAUGAAAAAUGACUCAUUGUGCAGUGUUCAGAGAUAUGUGAUAAACCAUCAUACUUCCUGCAAUGGAACAUGGUCAGAAGAUGUGGGAAAUCACACGAAAUUCACUUUCCUGUGGACAGAGCAAGCACAUACUGUUACGGUUCUGGCCAUCAAUUCAAUUGGUGCUUCUGUUGCAAAUUUUAAUUUAACCUUUUCAUGGCCUAUGAGCAAAGUAAAUAUCGUGCAGUCACUCAGUGCUUAUCCUUUAAACAGCAGUUGUGUGAUUGUUUCCUGGAUACUAUCACCCAGUGAUUACAAGCUAAUGUAUUUUAUUAUUGAGUGGAAAAAUCUUAAUGAAGAUGGUGAAAUAAAAUGGCUUAGAAUCUCUUCAUCUGUUAAGAAGUAUUAUAUCCAUGAUCAUUUUAUCCCCAUUGAGAAGUACCAGUUCAGUCUUUACCCAAUAUUUAUGGAAGGAGUGGGAAAACCAAAGAUAAUUAAUAGUUUCACUCAAGAUGAUAUUGAAAAACACCAGAGUGAUGCAGGUUUAUAUGUAAUUGUGCCAGUAAUUAUUUCCUCUUCCAUCUUAUUGCUUGGAACAUUAUUAAUAUCACACCAAAGAAUGAAAAAGCUGUUUUGGGAAGAUGUUCCGAACCCCAAGAAUUGUUCCUGGGCGCAAGGACUUAAUUUUCAGAAGAGAACGGACAUUCUUUGAAGUCUAAUCAUGAUCACUACAGAUGAACCCAAUGUGCCAACUUCCCAACAGUCUAUAGAGUAUUAGAAGAUUUUUACAUUUUGAAGAAGGGGAGCAAAUCUAAAAAAAAUUCAGUUGAACUUCUGAGAGUUAACAUAUGGUGGAUUAUGUUGAUUUAGAACUUAAAGUAGAUGUGUAAAUUUGGGUUCAAAAUAUAGAUUUGAGUCCAGUUUGGAUGUGUGAUUAAUUUUCAAAUCAUCUAAAGUUUAAAAGUAGUAUUCAUGAUUUCUGGCUUUUGAUUUGUCAUAUUCCUGGUCAUAAAACAUUAAGAAAGUUAUGGCUGUUGCUGUCAUUACAUAUCUAUUAAAUGUCAUCAAAUAUGUAGUAGACAAUGCUGUAAUUAGGUGAACUCUAAAACUGCAACAUCUGACAAAUAGCUUUAAAAAUACAAUGAUUAUAAGUAUGGAAUCAGUGAAAAUAUUUAGUUUGUAUUUUUAUGUCCAAACUUUUCCAUUUUAGAUUCCUUUAUAGACAUGUCAGCCUAAAAAUCAGCCUAUUCGGGUGUUCUUUUGAAUAUCUCCUGGCAUUUUUGUAUCUAACUUUAUUCAAUCUGGGAAUUUCAGUUUUCAAUAUCCUUGAAAAUGGCUUAAGUGAUAACUUCCAUUUCAGUUAAAAGGAAGCCCGAAGUUGUGUUUGUGCUGGCCACAGGACAGUGGGAGUUACAGUUCAUAUCAGGAUGACCCUACAUACUCAGGUCAGAUUGACGGGACCAGAAGGGAACAUCGACUUCUAAUCCAGCUUUCUUGUUUAAUUAUGACCCAAAUCCAAUUUACUUCCACUGAACCAUCCAAGACCUCUGGCAGGCAGGGAAAUGGGCAGUGAUGCAAAAAUGGGAGACUCUUUGGAGCUUUUAUGAAUAGUUCAUGGUGAGGACAGAACUUUUCUACUUUCAAACAGACUGCUUGCUAGUUUUAUGAAUUCAGCACACGAAUUAUGCUGUGUUGCUCACAUUCAAACCAAACCAAAGACUAUGUUUAAUGAACUCAGUAUUCAAAUUUAUUAUAUAUGCGUAUAUAUGUAUAUAUGGAUCCCUUAUAUUUAGAUUUUACUCGUAGUUUUAUUUGAAAGUGGAAAAGAACUCUACAAAAACAGGAAGAAUGUGUCUUUCUUCCCUUCUUGACUUCUAAUAGGUGUCAUUGAAAUGUAAAAUCUAAGUAUGAAAUUAUGAAAGGACAUUCUUUAAUUACUGCCCACUGAACACAUAUUUAAUAUGUGCCCAGAUUAUUCUAAAAUCUUAAAAAAAGAUGCAUAUAGUGAAAAUUUUUAAAUGGAUAUACUUUUAAUAAAGUUUUAUAACUCACUGACAAAACAUAUUUCAAUAGUAUAUGAGUAUGAGAUUUCUUAUCAAUUAUGAGUGAAAUAUUCUAUCUGAAUGCAUUUGAAGGCGUUUACAGUAUUUGAUUUCAACAGUUACUGAUUAUGACAUUUUAGCAUGAAAUAUAUCAAACACAUCAUUUGAAGGACAUAUGUAAUCUUGACUAUGGUUAUGGUUUUUUUUGUAUGUAUUCCUUGUUUUCAUAUUGAUAGCAUCUAAUUCUUUUGACAAUCAAUAUGUGGGUUCAUUUAAAUUUUAAGACAGUUCAGUGCAUAUAUAGUAGAAGCCUUAAGAAAAAAGAAAAUGAGCAAGCAAAUAUUUGAAGAAAUGUAUAAAACUAUAGAUUUCUUUCAGAAAAAAAAACAGGCAUAGGAACAGUUUUCUCUUCAUAUAUUAUGAUUGUGAAUAUAGGAAAGUUGUAUUAAUUCAGUAUUUGUCAUUAUGCAGUAUUUUAAUACCUACAUAAGUCUAUUCCAUUAUUAUAUUUUGCGCUUGGUAUAUUUAUUCCUUUAUGCUUUUAAUCACUAACAUAUUUUACUUAAGAGUAUAAAACUAUGCUAAAUAAAUUGUAUUGUAUAUGGAAUAUGCUUGCCAUUAUGAAGAACAGCUGGGUAUACCAUUAUUUCAAGCAAUAAAUCUGAAUUCUAUUAGUUUAAAAAUUGUAAAAUUCAAGUUAAAUGACAUGUAUGAUAUAUAAGCUGAACACAUUUUCUAUAGCCCUUAAUUUAGUUGUGUUAAUUUGUCAAGUGAUGUAUCAACAGCUUUUUUUAUUUUGCAUUUGUUUUUUCAAUGUGUUUACAUUGUAUGAAUUGAGCUUUUUGCCCACAGAUUCUUGAUUUAUAGUUGCUUGGCAGGAUUUUUCUUUGUGAUAUGAUCACUUCUAUAAAAAAUAUGAUGUACA